AUGUAUUUAAAUAGAUUUUUGCUGUUACUCAUCUUGUCUAUCGCUCUCUCUUACGAAUGCUUAUUUGUGGAAGGAAAGUACAAUCUAAACUGCUUAGCUAACCUUGGAGAUCUUUUGGUCAAGAGCGUUGCUAAAUGUGAAGAUGAAGCUUGUGUGAACAAGGGGUAUCAGAUCUUUAACGCGGCAACAAAGCUUUGCUACAAAUAUGACUAUAAACUGUGUUACCAAAGACCGAACAAGGGAGCUUUUGUCAACUGUACAUCAGAGCCUGGUGAGGGAUUCUUCAAUUUGAAGGACUGUGAAUCAAGUCCAGGAUCCGGUGAAUAUAAAAGAAAAAAAUGCAUUCCGUAUGCCGAGGAUUGUUUUAAAGUAAUGUGUGGUUGA